ACAUGAAACGUGAAUGAUUAUCAAACACAAUUUAUUUUUUAUUCUAAAAAAAGAAAGAAAUAAAGACCAAGAAACAGAAAAAUGAGAAACGAGAACGUUAUCAAAUAGGUCCUUAAUUAAACCUAAAUUUUAUACUCUUUAUAUAAUAUAUAUUAAAAAACGGUAAUUAUACCAAUACUAGUUAGUAGCUAUCACAGUGAUAAAACUGUCAUCCAGUUCCCUUUAAACCUAAAUUCAAACUCGACUCUUUACAUUUUUUUUCUUCAUUUUAUUUUUAUUGAAUUACAAAGUCCUCUAGUCUAUAGUUUGACAUAUUUUUUAUGAGAAAAGUAUUUCUUAUUUAUUUUAACUUUUAGUAAUUCAUUGAAUUUUGUUUGCUUUAAAAAAAAUUGCUUGGAAAUUGAAGAGGAAGGAGUCAUGAGAUGUUAAAUAAUAUGAAGCUAAACAAGAGAUACAUAUUUGAUAGAUUAUGUGAUCAAAUGAUUUGUUUUACUCUAUUUAAUUAUAGUCUUUAAAAUAAUUAUAGUUUAUUUUGGUAUGAAAAGAUCCUCACAAUAAAACUUACAAAAAUUGUCGUUUUCAAAUAUAACAAAAGCAAAAAUUUUCAUAUUUUUAUAUGGUCGAGUAAGCAUCUCGUUGCUAUAUAUUUUAUACUAAGUUUUUGAAUAUAAUACUAUCACAUGCUAUCCUUGCGUGUUAAGAAAACUACAUUUAUUCAUUUAGUUUAACCAUCAACGUCCAUCCUCGUGUUAUGAAAACUAUGUGUGUGUGUAUAUGGUCUGAUGAUGAGAUUGAUGCAAUGAUAUAUAAAGAUUAGAGGAAAUGGUUUUGAUAAUGCAAUAUAUGAGGCUUUGAACUCUGUUGGACAUACUGGACUAAUUGCUGAGGAGUGUUCAAACAUCAUUUGAAAGGAAUCUGAUUUGCAAGACUUUCUAACAACAAGUGUACCUCAAAAUGGAGGUUCCUCUUUUGGAUGAGACGGUGGAGGGCGUAGUUGAUUACCAUGGCCACCCAGUCUGCAGAUCCAUUUCCGGGGGCUGGAGAUCUGCCUCCCUAAUCAUAGCGGUGGAGAUUGCCGAGAGAUUUGCUUACUUCGGAGUUUCCUCAAAUUUGAUCAACUUCUUAACGGACCAGCUCCAUCAGUCAACAGCCACAGCAGCCAAGAAUGUCAACACCUGGUCCGGUACCGCCACCUUGCUACCUUUACUCGGGGCCUUUCUGGCUGAUUGCUUCCUUGGACGAUAUCGGUCUUGGGUUCUUGACGGUGUAUGCAACAUUAUUACCUUCUCCUGACAUUUCUGCCUGCCAACAGACUGAAAACUCCCUAACAUGUUCCCCUAAUCUAGUACAAGUAAUUUUAUUUUUCUUCUCCUUAUAUCUGGUGGCAUUUGCUCAAGGGGGACACAAACCUUGCGUCCAAGCUUUUGGCGCUGACCAAUUCGAUGGACAGCAUCCCGAAGAGAGCAAAGCUAAAAGCUCUUUCUUCAAUUGGUGGUACUUUGGUAUCUCUUUGGCCGGCUUAUUAACGGUUAAUAUCAUGAGCUAUGUGCAAGAUUAUCUCAGUUGGAGUCUUGGUUUCGGGAUUCUCUGUAUUGCAAUGGUUUUUGCACUUGCAAUCUUCUUGCUUGGAACUAGGACAUACAGGUUCAGUAACAGAGGAGAUGAGGAAAACCCAUUUGUAAGAAUUGGACGGGUGUUUAUCACUGCAAUAAGAAAUUGGCAUGUAAACUCUUCAGAAAUAGCUGAUUAUGUAGAGGAAACCCAUGGCCUUCUAUCGCACCAUAACUCUACACAGUUGAGGUUUCUCAACAGAGCUUUGAUUGUACCUAAUAGUUUGAAAGAAGACGGUCGUGCAUGUAGCAUCAAUGAAGUUGAGGAAGCAAAAGCAGUACUGAGGCUCGUUCCAAUUUGGGUGACAUGCUUAGGAUAUGCUAUUGUAUUCUCCCAGUCGUCAACAUUCUUUAUAAAACAAGGAGUCACAAUGGACAGAUCAAUAGCAGGUGGAUUUAAAAUACCAGCUGCUUCACUUCAAUCUCUUAUCGGUCUCGGUAUUAUGAUUUCCCUCUUGAUAUAUGAUUGCAUACUCAUUCCAACUGCAAGAAAGUUCACGGGGAAUCCUUCUGGAAUUACAAUGCUACAAAGAAUUGGAUUUGGGAUGCUAUUAUCCAUCAUUUCCAUGGUUGUUGCUGCAUUAGUUGAGGGAAAAAGGCUCAAAACAGCUCAAGAAUAUGGUUUGGUUGAUAUGCCAAAGGCGACUAUUCCAUUAAGUAUAUGGUGGUUGGUUCCUCAAUACAUAUUAUUUGGAGUUGCUGAUACAUUCACCAUGGUUGGGUUGCAGGAGUUUUUCUAUGACCAAGUUCCGAGUGGAUUACGAAGCAUUGGUCUCUCCUUGUACUUGAGUAUUUUUGGAAUUGGCUACUUUUUAAGCAGCUUUCUCAUCUCUGCCAUUGAAAAGCUAACAAGUGGGUAUGGAAAACAAAGCUGGUUUGACAAUAAUCUCAACAAAGCUCAUCUCGAAUACUUCUACUGGUUGCUUGUUGUGCUUAGUGUUGUUGGGUUGGCUGCUUUCCUAUUUUCUGCCAGAACUUACAUCUAUAACAAGGGGAACACCACACUGGUUUAAUUUUGUUGGGUAUAUUUGGUUUGAAGGUUUGAGAGAGUUGGAAAAUGAAACCACUAAACUCCACUCUUGUUUAUCUUAACGUGAAAAAUAUCAAUUUUAUAUUUAAUACUUAAUGUUACAGAUCUAAAACCAUUUUUCUUUUUA